UGUCAUAGAAUUUAGAAUGUUGGAAAAAGGUUUCAGUAGGUUGUCUGACCUUAUAUCUGCCAGUUCUGCUAAGACCAUCGCAAUGGAUCGUACACAGAGUGAGAAAAUGAGCAAGGAGGGAGAAUACUUCGAGGAUGAUAACAAAAGAAAACGGAGAAGCGGAAGGACUCGGGGUCGGGUAAAAAAGAGACUUUUGAACAGCCUAGACAGGAGAGAUCUGGAAAUGUCCGGUGAACCUGAGGUGAUGCCUGAGGUGCAGACUUUUCACAGCGAGAUCCUUCAAGACACAUCGCAGGAGAAGAAACAGUUCGAGAAUCUGAAGUCAGAGAUCCAAACCGUCUCAGGGACACACAUAGAAGAGGCUCACACAAAAGCCGAACCGCUAGAGGUUGAUUGUGUAUUUGAGUGGUUGGAGGCUCCGAAGCUGCUUGAGAAACUGUCAAAGAAAGAGGCUAAGACGCCUCUAGAAAGAACCCAGGCUUCCCAUCAAGUCCAGCUGGAAGAACACAGAGAGGAAACCAGGGAGAUCGCAGCUGCCCUUAAAACAGCAGAAGAACUCCUGGAGACUCAGCACCUCAGCAGGCAGCAGGAAACAGCCACCACGCUGAAUGGUCACAGUGAGGAAAACUGGCAGAUCACAUUGCAGCUGAACAGCGUAAAUGAAUGUCUGCAGGCUGAGCGCUACUACUGGCACAAUGAGAAAUACUGCCUGUUGAGGGAGAUAGAAGAAUCUGGAGCACUCUAUGAGGUUCAGCUGAAUGAACAGAAAUGCAAGAACAAAACCCUCGCGGCCGCUUUGAUGAAUGUUGAGCAGCAGUUUGAGAGUUGUCAGGUGGAGUGGCAGGAGGAAAAUGCAUCCCUCAUUCAGGCUAUGAGACAGGAAGCAAAGGAGGUCGUGGAAAGAUCUCAGGCUUUCCAUCAAGUCCAGCUUGACUGGCAGAAGGAGAAAAACUCCCUGCUGAACGAGAUAGAGGAAUCUAGAGCUCUCUAUGAGGUUCAGCUGGAUGAACAGAAAUGCGAGAACAAAACCCUCGCGGCUGCUCUGAUAAAUGUUGAGCAGAAGCUGCAGAGUCAUCUAGUGAAGUGGCAGGAGGAAAAGACAUCCCUCAUUCAGACAACAGAGGGUCUCGAGAAGAUGCUGCAGGAAAAGGCACAAGAGUGGGAGGAGGUAGAAAGCUCCAUGAAGUCCCAGCUGGAAGAUCUCAGGAGCAAGAAGAAGAGGAAAUGGUACAGAAGGUUAUUCUGUCUCGCCUGAGCCACGCUCAGGAGCUGACAGAAGGCUGACUUAAACAUACGCAUUUGUUCUCCCUGAGCAACAAUUGGUUUUCCCCGGGUGCUCCGGUUAGCCUACCUUAAUUGAAGAAGAAAUUCUUUAAUUAAAAAAAAAAAAGUUCAGUUGGUUCAGGUGUGUGAAACUGUCACAAAUCUACGAGAACAAAUGCGCAGAGACCCAGCCGUCCAAGGAGAGGGGAUCUCUCUCUGAAUUGCCUUGCCUGAGGUUUCUUCUCAAGUCCUUUCAAGGUUGUUCCGAGGUCGUCAGGUGCAGUGGAAGGAGGAAAAGUCAUCCCUCAUUCAGGCCACAGAGGGUCUCAAGAAGACGCUGCAGGAGAAGGAGCAGCAGUGGGAAGACGCAUAAGCUCCAUGUCAUCUGGCCCAGUGAUUCCAAACCAGCAUCAAACCGUGUUCCUAAGUGUGACAAAUAAAAGACACCACUUUUUUUGUAUUU